AUGUCGGCGCAGGGCUACUCGGAUCGUCUCUCCAAAUACUCCUACCGAGGGAAGCUCAACCUCCGCAGCGACCCCGACCCACCGCUCUCGGUCCUCGCCAAAGCACGCAUCCUUGCCCGUCGCAUCCGCUCCUCGUCGCAUGUCGUCCUUCACACAGGCGCGGGUAUAUCCACUUCAGCCGGUAUCCGUGAUUUUCGCGGUCCGAAAGGGGUGUGGACCACUGAAUCAUCGCGCGCGAAGACCACAGACAAGCAGGAUGGCGCCUCCAAUACAUGUUUCGAGGACGCAGUUCCCACCCUCACGCAUAUGGCCAUAACAGCGAUGCACGCCAUGGGGUUUAUCCAUUACGUCAUUUCGCAAAACGUGGAUGGACUCCACCUCCGCUCCGGUUUACCCCGCUCCGCGCUGUCGGAGCUGCACGGAAAUCUGUUUGUGGAUUGGUGUCCCGUAUGCAAGUCCGAGACGCGGCGUGACAGCGAGGUACCAACAGUCGGGUACAAGCCUUCCGGGAAGCGAUGCGGAAGGGCAAACUGCGAUGGGAUGCUGACGGACAAGGCGCUCGACUGGGACGACGCUCUGCCGGAUUACGACCUGGAGCUGGCGCGUGAGCACGGAGACAAGGCUGAUUUAGCGGUCGUAGUUGGGACGAGCUGCCAGAUGGAUCCCGCGCGCGGCUUGCCGUUUCGCGGCAAGGGCGAUGUAGUGAUUGUGAACUUGAGUCGGACAGAUUAUGACAAGAGGGCGGCGUUUACCGUGAGGGCGCAGACGGAUGCUGUGUUUGCUGUGAUGGCGCAGAUGCUGGACGUGAGGAUUCCGACGUACGAGCGGGAGGUAGAGGUCUUGGUGCAGAGCUCGUUGCAGGGCAAAGAUUUGAAAGUAGAGAUGCUCGUGAGGUGGGAUGGGGACGAGAGAAGGCGGGCAAUGCGCGAAAUUGAACGAGUUCGGUAUGGAACGAAGUGUGGGAAUGAGAUCAGUGUUAUGCAAGAUGGAGACGCGAAGCUGGGGUACAAGGCGAUGCUAAGAGGUGUAGAGGUCGGGACGAAUGUGGAAGCGAGUAUCGAAGUUCAGGACCUGGGAUGCGUCCAGAUUGCGCACGUGUCCCCUGGAAAGGUGAUGCUGGGAGUGGUAUUGACUAGGAGGGAAUACAAUGAGACGAUGACGGCCAGAGUUAAAGAGCUGGAGGAACGGGCGAGGAGAAGCAAAAAGCGGAAAAGAGACGAGAAUUGGGAGGCGCGACAGUGGUUUGUCAAAGGAACAAAACGGGGCUGGCAAGACUGUGUCUGCUGUAACAAGUGUGUCUGGAGCGGGGCAGGGAAGCGGGAGGCGCACUUUGCGAUCUGCGACGAGGGUAUGUGA